AUGAUGGAUUCUGAUCGAAUGUCAGAAAGGUAUUAAAAUAAUGGACACAACAACAACAUUUUCCGUGAUACAGAAUAAAACUUCCUUCCACUGCAAGUUGUUGAUAAUUUUAAUAAAUAGUUAGCUGAGGUUAAGCAAGUACAUUUGCAAUUUUAUUAGGAACCAAAUGAAUAACAAGUUGCAGAUUAACAAAUUAAUUCAGAUUUAUAAAGAGGGAAUAUGGCUUAAUUGUUUACAGACAAGCCUAUAUGCUUACCAAUUGUUUAAAAAAAAUUGAGUAGUUUAGAUUAAGAGAAUGAUGAAGUUGACGAAGUUUCAUAAAAAAAGAAUAGAUAGAUGAGUUCAUAAAAUAUGGAAUCAGGUUCAGAUGGUAAAUCAAGUCAAAAUAAAUCAGGGCAACAAAGACAAUUUAUGGCUAAAAAAACGAUAAGAAGAAUGAAUAGCAAAAUAAAGGCGAGACAAUCAGUGAUAUUGCCUAGAGCCUUAACUACAAGCAUCACCACUAGAAUUUCCCAUUUUGUUGAGAGUCUUCCUUUUUCAAUAUUAAUGGCAAUAGUAACUCUUUAUGCUUUAUUCGGUGAUGAUAUAAGAGUCCUAACUGUGAAUAAAGAUGGUGAUGACGCAUUCUUUGUUUUAACCAUAAUCUGUAUGGUUUGCUUUAUCUUAGAAAUUGUCUUUACUUGUGUUUGCAAAAAUGAAUAUAUUUGCAAUUUUUACUUUUGGUUAGAUGUGAUAUCAACAGCUACCAUGUUUUUAGAUAUUGGAUGGAUAACUGAUGAAUGGUACUCUGGAGAUGUAACAAAUGCUUCUUCCAUUAAAACAAUUGGUUCUGCAUCUAAAGUUGCAAGGAAGGCUGCAAGAGUCAUAAGAGUCAUUAGAUUAGUAAGAUUGGUAAAAUUGUACAAACAUGCCAGAUAACAAAUAUAGAAACAAUAAUAAAAGGCACUUCUGAGAUAGUUAUUAAGAUAGGCUCAAUUAUCUUAAGAGGAAAAAAUGAAAUAAUAAUAAUAAUAGUAAUAAAUGAUUUAAGAAUCUUAAUAGUAACAAUCAUAACUAUAAAUUUAAUAAAGGAUUCUUCAAUAAUCUUAAUAAUAGUUGUCCUAAUCAUAAAAUCAUCCCUAACCUAAUAAUGAAGAAGAAUAAGCAUUACAAAUACAAAGUCAACAAAAUAUGAUAGGAAGUGGUAAAAUUAAAAACAACCAAUUAAAUUAAAGUCAAAUGAGUGGAAAUUCUGUUCCUCCUAAUUAACAAAUCCAAAAGCCAAUUUCAAGUUAGGAUGGAAGUGAAGGAUCAAACAAUCAAUUCAGUAAAUCUCCAGGAAAAUCAACUCCUGGAAAGUCUGGUUAAUAAACUAAUUCCUAAGGGGAAAGUUCAAUAAAUGGAGAGAUUGACUAAAAAGAAUCAAAUGUUGGUUAAUAAUUAUCAGAUUUAGUAAUGAGGAGAGUGAUCACUAUCAUCUUAGCAGUUCUGAUUAGCAUUCCUUUGAUCAACUUUGACACAUAUUAAGAGAAAAUCAAUAGCUAUGAUUCAGGAAUCUUUAGAAUAUCUUAGUUUAAGGAUAAAUAGAAUGUGAAAGAGAUUCUGAUUAAGUAAUAUGCAGAAUUCCAUUAAGGACAAAUCUAUCCAAUACAAGCAGUACAUAUAUUAGUUAAUGGUUCUUGGAUUAAUUAUAAUUACUAGAAAUAUCCAGAUUAUUUUGAAUAUACAUCUUUAUCUCCAGAGUAAUACAGAUUUACAGAUCUUCAAUAUUACAUUCAGACUUCUUAAAAUGGAACUCUAUUGGCCUAUUCUGCUGCAGAUCUGGUUUCUUAUAAUCAGACUAACUCAAUCCUAUCAAUAUUUUAAACCAUUUUUGUUUGUAUUGUUUUGGCUUUGAGUGCGUUACUUUUCAACAAAGACGUUGAGGAUUUAGUAAUCGACCCUAUUGAAACUAUGAUGAAAUAAAUAGAAUUAAUUGCAGCCAAUCCCUUAGAGGCAGUGAAUAUUGAAGAAUAAGAAGAUUUAGUAAUUGAAGAACUAGAAAAAAGUUAAGAUCAUAAAAAAUUAAAAGAAAAAGAAAUUGAGAGAUCUAUGGAAACCUAUGUCUUAUAACGUUUAAUUAUGAAAGUAGGUGCCUUAUUGGCAGUGGGUUUUGGAGAAGCAGGAUCUGAAAUUAUAGCAGAAAAUAUCAAAAAGGGAGGUAGUGUUGAUCCUAUGAUCCCAGGCAAAAAAAUAAUGGCAAUCUUUGGAUUCUGCGAUAUCAGAAAUUUUACAGAUGCAACUGAAGUCUUAUAAUAAGAAGUAAUGGUAUUUGUAAAUGAAAUUGCAGAAAUUGUUCAUUCAGCUGUCAAUAGUUUUAGUGGAUCUGCUAAUAAAAAUAUAGGAGAUGCUUUUCUUUUAGUUUGGAAAUAUGAUUAAUUUGAUUAUCAUCCUGAUCCAAGCAAUCCUUAAAAACUACUGUUAAGAGAUACUAAAUUAAUCAAAUAAAAAGGAGAUAUGGCAGUCUUAGCUUUUCUCAAAAUUAUUACUUCGGUUUCAAUCUCCAAAAAAUUAGAAAAAUAUAAAAAACACCCUGGUUUGAAUGCAAGAAUGAAGGACUAUUCGGUAAAAAUGGGAUUUGGUUUACAUAUGGGCUGGGGAAUAGAGGGAGCUAUAGGUUCAUCUUUCAAGAUUGAUGCUUCUUACUUAAGUCCAAAUGUAAAUAUGGCCUCCAGAUUAGAAGCAGCUACUAAAUAAUUUGGUUCAAUUAUAUUGAUUAGUGGUAUUUUUAGAGAGCAUUUAACCGAAUCUUGUCAGAAAUAAUUACGACUUAUUGAUAUUGUUACUGUCAAAGGUAGCAUUGAACCUAUGAAAAUUUACACCAUUGAUUUAUCUAUAAAAAGCUUAUUAAAAGGAAUCAAAGAGCCUAUUGAUAAAUAUGACAUUAGUAAAUUAACAUAAAGAGAAGCCAAAAAAUAUCGAGUUGUCUAAAGAUACCAAAGAAAUCAAUUAAUCAAAAAAGUCGAAAACGAUUCAAUUCAAUUCUUGCAAGAGCUCCUUUUAAACCAGAGUUCUAUGAAACUUGGGAUCAGGGCUUCUAAUAUUAUAUUAAUGGAUAAUGGGAAUAAAGCUUUACCUAUCUUCACUAAGACUCUUUCUAUGAUACCUGAACAUAAAGAUGGACCUUCGAAUACUCUACUUGAAGUUCUACACUCUAAUGGAAACAAAGCACCUAAUUAUUGGAAAGGCUUUAGAGAACUGACAGAAAAAUGAUAUUCAUAUAUAUAGGAUUUAUAAUAAUAUCCAUUCAUC